UGAUUUUUAAUUACUAUUGUUUGACGAGUGUAUAUGUCGUAAUAAAAUUUGAUAUUAAAAAUCUAAAUAUGUCAAGUUUGCUGUUGAUAUUUCAUGAUUAUUUUUAGGAAAAAGAGGAUACUUUUCCCAUAUAAAAAACAAUAUGGAAUUUUUAAUUUUUCUGAUGCUGAUUGAAUGUGUGACAUUGAAUAUCAAGCCGGUUUACAGUACAGAAAUAGGUGCGCCUUGUUCGUUAUAUUGGGAUUGCAGAAGUAAGACGGUUGAUAACCUCGUAUGUACAGAGAGUUUCUGCGCGUGUGAUUCCGGUUACAAGCCCGUGGGUACCCUUUGCGAACCAGCUCUAGAUGGGAAUUGUACGGUAGAUUCUGACUGUACGACGUACUUAAGCAAUUCUGAGUGCACGAGUAAUUCGUGCAGUUGCAUUACUGCGUACAAACCGGACAAUAAUCUGUGCACGGCGGUUCUAGACGGGAGCUGUACGGAAGAUUCUAACUGUACUACGUAUUUAAACAAUUCUGAGUGUACGAGUAAUACGUGCAGUUGCAUAACUGGGUACAAACCGGACAAUAAUCUGUGCACAGCGGUUCUAGACGGGAGCUGUACGGAAGAUUCUAACUGUACUACGUAUUUAAGCAAUUCUGAGUGUACGAUUAAUACGUGCAGUUGCACUACUGGGUACAAACCGGACAAUAAUCUGUGCACGGCGGUUCUAGAUGGGAACUGCACGGUAAAUUCUGACUGUUAUACGUAUUUGAGCUCCUCAGUGUGCACGAAUAAUACAUGCAGUUGUACAACUGGGUACAAACCGGACAGUAAUAUAUGCACGGAGG